UCAACAUUCAUGUCAAAGCCAAUCUUACAAUUUGUCAAUGACGACGACCGCGCUGACGAUGACGAUGAUGCCGGGUUUGGCGCCUUUGCUUCAGCUUCGUCUGGCGCGCGAAGACCGGUCGCGUCGACGGCAAUGAGCAGCGCAACGAGCUCACAGAGCACUGGUCUAUGGCCGAGUCAACGGUCGGCAAUGCCAAAUGCAUUCGAACUGCUGUCGGCAAACUCGGCGAGCAGUCCAAGCGGCACCCAGCUCACUCUUGCAGCAAGUGCAACUGAGAAUAGCGAGGACAGACCUACAAAGUUGAAAAAGAAGCUGAAAAAGCAAAUCAAGAAGAGCAUCAAGGCGUACCGAGGGAUGAACAAGCCGAAAAUGUUCUUGGCGAACGAACGGACGUACCUGAGGUGGAUUGGCCAGACCCUGGCUCUAGGAAGCAUGGGCACCACCGUGGUCGUGUUUAUGAAUGACGAGAUGCGCGUUCCAGGCUACCUCAUGUGGGCAGCGGCGCUCGGAUUCCUCGUGUACGCAACCAUCAAGUUCCGCCGACGAGCGCACGCACUUGCUCAGCAGCGGCCGUCGCCCGACUACGACGCACCCAUCGGGCCUGUUGCCUUCAUGGGCUGCGUCAUGGUGGCUGUUCUAGCGUACAUCAUUGCAUUGAUUGUCCAUCGGUCGUAAUUAACGCCGAUUCCUGUUUGUGAAUAGCAUUGAUUCAACCGCA